CACAUACCUCGUCGGCCCCUUCCUAAGUUCCGCAUAACGACAUACUUUAGUACUCGCAUUCAAGAGUCGAAUCUUUCAUCGACAAUUUUCUUCCGUCGCCAUCAUGGCUGUCUUCGAUACGAAAUCAUCGUCAACCUUGGUGCUGCUUUGCGUGGGUGCAACAUUCUGCAUCUACCGUUUAGCUUUAUACGUCAUAGCAGCCCAGCGACGCAAUAAAAUCAUUCGUGACAACGGAUGCAAGCCAUAUAAGAACUAUCCUCAUAAGGAUCCGAUCUUUGGGUUCGAUCUUUUCGCGGAGAAUUUGAGACUUUCGAAGACCGGCGGUGUCUUGGACAUAAUCGUCGACCGUUACGCUCGUCUAAACACAAACACAUUCUCUCAGCUGUUGUUAGGAGAACGCUUCAUCAAUACUUCAGAGCCUGAAAAUGUGAAAGCUCUUCUUGCUACCCAAUUCAAGGAUUUUGCGCUUCCAAGUCGUCGAAAGGCCGCUCUGGGUCCUAUUUUCGGCCAUGGGAUUUUUACCACGGAUGGAGCGGCGUGGGAGAACUCUCGAUCUCUUCUUCGACCGAACUUUGUGAGGAGCCAGAUUGGAGACUUGGAGACAUUCGAGCACCAUGUCUCUCAUCUCAUCGCCAAGAUCCCCCGCGAUGGUUCGACUGUUGAUUUGCAGCCCCUGUUCUUCUGCCUCACCAUGGACUCGGCCACCGAAUUCUUGUUUGGUCAGAGUACCAAUACUUUGCUCGAGGGCGAGACUAGUGCAACGGGAGAGAAGUUCGCUGAUGCUUUCACUUAUGCGACAGAAACGGCUGGUCUGACGGCACGCGUGGGAAAGUUGGCCAACUUGUUCCCGAACAAGCGAUACGAGGACUCCGUCAAGUUCGUUCAUGACUUCGUUGGGAACUACGUCCAGUCAGCAAUUGAUAUGAGGAAUGGUAGCUUUAAUGGAGAGAAGAAAGCCGAAGAGGGAAAGAAGUACAUUUUCUUGGAAGAGCUGGCUAAGACUGGAGUUGGCAAGAAGCAAAUCCAAGACGAGUUGUUGAAUGUUCUUCUCGCUGGUCGUGAUACUACUGCCAGUCUCUUGGCAUAUAUUUUCCACAUCUUGGCACGCCGUCCAGACGUUUUCGCGAAGCUCAGGGCCGAGGUCGAGACACUGGGCUCGGAAAGACCAUCUUUCGAACAGAUCAAGAGUUUGAAAUACUUGCAGUACACCUUGAACGAGGUCCUUCGCCUCCAUCCCAUCGUCCCCGCGAACAGUAGAACCGCCGUCCGUGAUACCACUCUCCCACUUGGCGGAGGCCCUGAUGGCAAAUCACCUAUUUUCGUCAAAAAAGGACAAAUGGUCAACUACCAAGUCUAUGUGAUGCAGAGACGAAAGGAUCUCUAUGGACCAGAUGCCGAUGAGUUUAAACCUGAGCGAUGGGAACAAUUCAGACCAAGUUGGCAAUAUCUUCCAUUCAAUGGAGGCCCACGUAUCUGUAUUGGACAGCAAUUUGCGUUGACCGAAGCUUCCUACACCACAAUCAGACUCCUUCAAUCUUUCAAGGAUAUUGCUCCACGAGGAGAAGAUGCACCUCUCUUGGAGAUACUUACUCUCACAAACGCUGUACGAGGUGGGGUGCCGGUUUCGUUGACUCCAGCUUGAGCAUAAAGUGAGGUUUGUGGGACGAGCAUAAGAAUUUGCGGG